CUUCUCAACAGACGCAGAAGCAAUGACUAAAUGGAAAAUAGAGAGAAUUCUUCGCCUAUUACAACUCUCUCUCUCUCUCUAACUCUCUUCAUAUUCAAACUCAACACAAACUUUCUCUCUCUAAUUUUAUCCCUCUCUUUGCAUUUUUGAGAUUAGUGCUGAAAAGUAAGGUAAUUGCUUGCUAGAUGAUUGUUUGAUACAGAAGAAGCUUACUUCUGUAUCUUUUUCAAGAGACUCUCCAAAUGCUAAAUUUUGGUAGGUUGAGAAAUCAGCAAAGACCCAACAGAUCUAUGCCGCUCGGAGGCUUGGACUACGCAGACCCAAAGAGGAAGAAUAAUGUUGUGGGGAAGAUUCUUUUGGCUGCUGCCCUCACAGCAUUAUGCAUUAUUAUGCUCAAGCAAUCCCCAACAUUUAACGCCCCAAGCCCGUUCUCUGUGCAUGAUGAAUCGGUUAUACAUGUCCUAGUGACUGGUGGAGCUGGUUAUAUUGGUUCACAUGCUUCAUUGCGACUUCUGAAGGAUGGUUACAGGGUUACCAUAGUGGAUAAUCUUUCACGGGGAAACCUAGGUGCUGUAAAAGUUCUACAAGAAUUAUUUCCAGAGCCUGGGAGGCUUCAGUUUAUUUAUGCUGAUUUGGGAGAUGCAAAAGUUGUUAAUAAAAUUUUCUCAGAAAAUGCAUUUGAUGCUGUGAUGCACUUUGCUGCUGUUGCAUAUGUUGGGGAAAGCACUAUGGAUCCUCUUAAGUACUAUCACAACAUAACAUCAAAUACAUUAACUGUAGUAGAGUCGAUGUCUGCUCAUGAUGUAAAGACUUUAAUUUAUUCAAGCACGUGUGCAACAUACGGGGAGCCUGAGAAGAUGCCUAUUACCGAAGUCACCCCACAGGUCCCAAUAAAUCCAUAUGGAAAAGCUAAGAAGAUGGCUGAAGAUAUCAUUCUUGAUUUUUCUAAAAAUUCUGACAUGGCAGUUAUGAUUCUUAGAUACUUCAAUGUGAUUGGUUCGGAUCCAGAUGGCAGACUUGGUGAGGCUCCCAGUCCUGAACUUCGAGAACAUGGACGGAUUUCUGGUGCUUGUUUUGAUGCAGCUCGUGGUUUUAUUCCUGGGCUGAAGGUUAAAGGAACAGACUAUAAGACACAUGAUGGUACUUGUGUAAGAGAUUAUAUCGAUGUUACUGAUCUUGUCGAUGCUCAUGUGAAAGCUCUUGAAAAGGCAGUGCCUGGAAAAGUUGGGAUCUUUAAUGUCGGUACUGGAAAAGGUAGAUCAGUCAAUGAAUUUGUAGAGGCCUGCAAGAAGGCAACCGGUGUGGACAUCAAAGUCGACUAUUUGCCUCGUCGACCUGGUGACUAUGCUGAAGUGUUUAGUGACCCUACUAAGAUUAGGCUCGAACUCAACUGGACAGCUCAACACACCGAUCUCCAAGAGAGCUUACAAGUAGCAUGGAGAUGGCAGAAGUCGCAUAGAAAUGGGUAUGGACCGCCUUUGGCGAUGGCUUCUUGAAAUUUUGGAUUCGGAAAGCUGUUCAUAGCAGAAAUUUGACCUACAGCCCUCAUGCAGCACUGGAUUUUCGGCUGCGAGCUUCUAGUUCGUAGAAGCGACAUGGGACUUCAGACUUGCGAUGAUUAAUAUUUUUUGUUUCAAUAUAUAAUAUAGUGGUAGGAAUAGCUAAUUCAUUAUUAUUAUAUGUAUUGAACAGAUAAUAGCAUAAUAAUAUGAUGAUGCCCGUUUGCAGUGGUGCAGGUAUAGUUUCA